AUGAUCGAGGUUGUAUUGAACGGGAGAAGUACGUUGUACACGGUUUAUAAGAGGCCCUUUGUGGAUUAUUUUUUGAAGAAGGUCUCGGCAUGGUAUACUGUUGUCGUUUACACAGCGUCAAUGCAGGAAUAUGCGGAUCCUGUUAUUGACUGGCUUGAUGGGGGACGCGGUAUCCUCAGUAGACGAUUUUUCCGCGAGUCCUGUACACAACUCAAUAAUGGGACAUACACGAAAAACUUAUCUCUUGUUGAUUCGGAUCUUAGUAGAGUAUGUAUCAUAGAUAACUCACCAAUUAGUUAUAGUAACGACCCAGCCAAUGGAAUUCCAAUUGAAGGGUGGUAUUCGGAUCCUCAUGACGAAGCCCUACUUGACCUCCUUCCGAUACUGGAUUCACUCCGCUUCACGAAGGACGUCCGACGCGUUCUCGGGCUGAAAGCAUUUUGA